GGGAGACGGCGGCUGGAGCUGCUGGCCGGGACUGCUCCGCCUUUUCACCGCUCUCCGCUUUCCUCCCCGCCGCGCACUCGCGAAGAUGGCCACCGACGUACUGCAGGAGAACGAGACGCUGGCGUCGCUGAAGAGCGAGGCCGAGAGCCUCAAGGGCAAACUGGAGGAGGAGCGGGCCAAGCUGCACGACGUGGAGCUACACCAGGUGGCAGAGCGGGUGGAGGCCCUGGGGCAGUUUGUCAUGAAGACCAGAAGAACCCUCAAAGGCCACGGGAACAAAGUCCUGUGCAUGGACUGGUGCAAAGAUAAGAGGAGGAUCGUGAGCUCAUCCCAGGAUGGGAAGGUGAUCGUGUGGGAUUCCUUCACUACUAACAAGGAGCAUGCGGUCACCAUGCCCUGCACGUGGGUGAUGGCGUGUGCCUACGCCCCAUCAGGAUGCGCCAUUGCGUGUGGUGGUUUGGAUAAUAAGUGUUCUGUGUACCCACUGACUUUUGACAAAAAUGAAAACAUGGCUGCCAAAAAGAAGUCUGUUGCUAUGCAUACCAACUACCUGUCUGCCUGCAGCUUCACCAACUCUGACAUGCAGAUCCUGACGGCGAGCGGUGACGGGACAUGUGCCUUGUGGGAUGUGGAGAGCGGGCAGCUGCUGCAGAGCUUCCAUGGACACGUGGCCGACGUCCUCUGCUUGGACCUGGCCCCUUCAGAAACUGGAAACACCUUUGUGUCUGGGGGAUGUGACAAGAAGGCCAUGGUGUGGGACAUGCGCUCUGGCCAGUGCGUGCAGGCCUUUGAAACACAUGAGUCUGAUAUCAACAGUGUCCGAUACUACCCAAGUGGCGAUGCCUUUGCUUCAGGAUCAGAUGAUGCUACGUGUCGCCUCUAUGACCUCCGGGCAGACAGGGAGGUCGCCAUCUAUUCUAAAGAGAGUAUCAUAUUUGGAGCAUCCAGCGUGGACUUCUCCCUCAGUGGUCGCCUGUUGUUUGCCGGCUACAACGAUUAUACUAUCAAUGUCUGGGAUGUUCUCAAAGGGUCCCGAGUUUCCAUCCUGUUCGGACAUGAAAACCGCGUUAGUACUCUACGAGUUUCCCCUGAUGGGACUGCUUUCUGCUCAGGAUCGUGGGAUCAUAUCCUAAGAGUUUGGGCUUAACUGUCUUCUCACAAGGCACACAGAGGGACCUGAGGGUAGAGUCUGACAUCUUCACAUGUAGAUAAAUAUUACUUUUAGACAAUCUGAGGGUUCAUUGCAACUUAGCUCAAGGGAGCAACUCCAUAGCUGCCUGAGUAUGUGUGUGUGCACCUAUAGCACUACUGAAACGAGCACCCCCGGGAGGGUGCUAGUGUGAGCCUUCAGCACAGCGGGACAUAUUCAAGUCAGUGUUUCCAUUUUAAACACCUUCUAAAAUUUCUCUCUUUUUAAAGUUAUUCUAAAUUAUACUUGUCUAAAUUCAUUCUAUUACCAGUACAAUUCAGCUUUUAAUAUAUUCCAUGUUAUUUUCUUGAAUCAAAUUCGUUUUAAGAGUACCUUAAACUUUUCGGAGCCCUGGUGGUGCAGUGGUUAAGAGCUCAGGCUGCUAGCCAAAAGGUUGGCAGUUUGAAUCCACCAGCUGCUCCUUAGAAACCCUAUGGGGCAGUUCUACUCUGUCCUAUAGGGUCGCUAUGAGUUGGAAUUGACUCCAUGGCAACGGGUUUGUAAACUCUUGUGGUUUAUCUUGGUGUGCACUGUGAGUUCUGGAACCUUCCUCUAGAAAUACUGAUUGUAAUGAGGACUGUGUUAAAUGGUUUAUGACAGAAGAAAAAAUUCCAAAUCCAAUUAGACAAAAUUGUUUUUAGAAAUUGUGUUUUAAUGUAAAAGUAUAUUUUUCUGUCUCACUUCGUAUUGUCUUUUUUCACAUAGAACAUUUUCAGUUGUGUAAACUGAUUAUAGACAAAGCAGAGAUAUACAUAAAGGGGUUGAGACUGUUCCAUCUGUGAAUUAUAUGAUGGUGUGAUGUGUCACUGUAUCACUUGAGCAGAGCAUUUUCUUCAUUUGAGGGAAAGACUGAAUGCUGUUUGUAAUACAAAUGCUUCUCAAAGAAAUCAAAACCUUUUUGUGUGGGAACACAAGGCAGGAAACUUAUUUAAAAACCUGUUUGUAGUGUUAGUGGAAACUAAUUAAAGUUGAUCUUGUUCCUAUAAGUUAUAUUUAUUGCAUUGCAAGUAUAAUUUAAUAUACAGGUUAACUGAUUGGUCUUGAAUAAUAAUGUCUUUGUUCCUCUUACAUAGAAAAAACUAAAAGUAUAUCUUGUCUUUAUUGGAAAUUCAGCAAUUCAUCUGGAAGAUAGAGUGCUUUUUUUACAAGGAUUUUUUAUUUUCCUUUUUUUUAAUGUGUAGAGGUUCAUUCUUUGUUUUAGAAACUCUCCUUUCAUAAAGA